AUGCCAGAAAGCCACAGACUGGGAAUCGCGACGGUGUCGCUAGGUUGGCAUCCAUCUCACACACUCCAACGAAAACUAGAUGCCAUAUCAAAACAAGGGUAUGAAGGGGUUGAGAUAUAUCAUCCCGACUUGGUCACCUUCGCGGAGCAACACUCUUUGACGCAUUUGGAAGCAGCAUCAAAGAUCGGUGUGAUGUGCAGAGAAAGAAAUAUCUCGAUCAUAGCGCUCCAGCCACUGUUUAACUUUGCAGGCGUCCUCACAUCGUUUGAGACUCGACUCAAGUCGGCCCGCGAAUAUGUCGCUCUGGCUCGAGCUAUGGGGACAAAGAUGAUCCAAGUUCCAACAACGUAUGAAAUGAACUCAACGGGUGACGAGGACCUUAUUGUGGCAGAGCUCUCCGCGCUCGCGGAUUUGGGAAGAGAAUCAACAGAAUCCGGUGAGGAAGAGAUAUUCUUCGCGUUUGAAGCACUGGCAUGGGGUGUGCACCAUGCACUGAUGGACGAUGCGAUUCGAAUCGUCAAGCUCGUCAAUCGUCCCAACUUUGGUCUCUGUCUCGACACCUACCACGUUAUCGCCAGGGUUUGGGCAGACCCGCAUGCGGCGUCUGGCACGGGCACAGGUAUCGCUCCAGGAGGCUAUGCGGCGCUCAAGUCAACUCUCGACCGGUUCAUGGAGCAGUGUCCUGUGGAAAAGAUAUUUUAUCUCCAGCUCAGUGACGCCGAGAGGCUGGAGCAACCACUUGGUCCGGGUCAUCAGGCGUACAAAGCCGAGUGGGCCCAUUGGGAUGCCACGAUGCAUUGGUGCGUCUGGGGAAGAUUAUUUCCCUAUGAGACCGAGUAUGGUGCCUAUUUCCCACUAGACGAUAUCCUGCGACUUUGGCUUGUGGAAAUGGGGUGGAAAGGCUGGGUGAGUAUGGAGAUGUUCCAUCGGGAUGAGGACAAGGAGUCGGUUGGCCCCGAACUCCUCGCAGAAAGAGGAUAUCAGUCGUGGCAGAAGAUCAAAGAUCGUUUUGCUUUGCAGUGA